UACACGAUUCGAGUAUAAACAGUUUCGUUAGAUUAGAAUUUAAAUUAAAGAUAUUUUUAUGAUUAUGCCCCUUCCUUAUUUUCAGAUGAUGAACGCAAAUGCAAAUAUGUGCAAGAAUCUAACACUGUUCGAUGAUUGUGGAGACGGAGGUGUUUGUGUGUGUGCAAACAUGAAUAAAGUCACAUAUAACAAUCCUGGAAACACUCCGUGCAACAAUCUGAUCUGCAGAGUACCUGAAUGCUACAGUAUAACUGGUAGAAUUGUUCCACCUAAACAAGUAAAAGGAAAAUAUGUGUAUUGCGUCACUGACGACGACUGUGGGAAAAAAUUUGUGUGCACGCAUUUAAAUUACUGUUGUCGUGUGCCAAGAGGAAAGUACGCUAAAUAUAUAGGUUCAGGAGCUUGAAAUAAUUUAGAUCAUUGAUACCUGCUCCUGCUCCUUUUUAACCAGAAAAAAUGACCUACUUAUGAUAAAUGAAUACAAUAAUAUACAAACACAA